AGCUGGGAGAAGACAGGAGGGAAGGUGACAGAGGAUGCCGUCCCUGUUGCACAAGGUGCUUAGUGCAGAUGAAUGGCUUCAAGGAGGAAGGACCAAUACUCCCGUGGGGGAGCCUGUUUGUUCGAGAUGGACUUUGAGCAACAUUCGGAAGGUGGUGUGUACUACGAUGCAGACCGUGGAUCCAGCGCGUCAGUUAAAGACAACCCCAAUUUACGUGCACAUUUGGAUCAGAUAAUUAGUCUGGAUGGAAAGAGAAAUCGGAACCGUGAAGCGCUGAGGGCGUUACAAAAUAGCAGCGAAUCGGGUAAUGUGAUGGUUUGUUUUGGAAACAUGUUUAUCAAAUUCUCCAAGUCUAGGACCAAGGACAUGAUUCAGAAAGAUCAAGAGCAGUUGGAUGAAGAAAUACGUAAGCUUAAUAAGCAGUUGAAAGUGAAAGUUAAUCGUUUAAAUGAAGCGCAAGGAAAAUCUGAACUCAAAGGCUUUGAUCUGACUCCAUUAACCCAUGAAGAAAUGCAGGCCGUUACAAAGGUCCUGAAAAACUGAGAGUGCAAGGUUGACUUUGAAAAUGACAUUAUGCUGUGUGUUGGAGGAAACCAUGAACAGCAGAGGCACAACUGCAAGAUGGUGAAAAAAUUGCUGGUGGAAUCUGAGUUCAAUGUUCACAGCAAUUGGCCCCCUUGGGAUUGUGACUUGGAAAAUAUUAUAAUUUACUGACCAUCCAUUUAGCUGUGCAUUUAUAAACUAGAUCUUGUUUGGACCCUGUACAAAUGUUAACUUGUCCUCAUAGUUCACUGCUUGUAAAAUGAAUUUUUAAAAAUAAAAAUAUUAAUGUAUCUUUUUCAUUAUUUUGUUGUGCUCUUGUUUGCAUUGGCAUGCCAAUCAUUUGCCUUCCUGUUUUGUUGGUCUGGCUGUGAAUCAUGCAGAUCCUGUGCUGUAUUGACUUUGCUGAUCUCGGCUAAUAAGUGUUUUUGUUUUAUUAAAUAUUUGUCUUGAUGAUACACUAGUGAUAGUCUCGCUUCCUCUAAAUAUAUACCUAAUGGUUAUCCUGCUCUUUAGUAUUUUUUUGAUAUGUAGAAACUAUUCGGUCCAUUAUUUUUGAAAGCAUCUUCACUUUAUAGAAUUUUUUUUACAUGUGCCUAAGACUCACAUUAUUGUUUGAGUAACUUGCAGAAUAAAUGUUCAAUCUCUGGCAGUUUACGAAAUGUGAACAUUGUUUUAAAAAAAUCUUAAACAGCCAGUGGUGCAAAAGCUGAUGCCUUACAUAAGCAAAUUCAUUUGGUUUUAAAAUGACACGUCUUACCUUUCAUUUGUUUUAUUUUUAAAUGAAAUAAAUUAACUUCUGCUAAUUUUGAUUUAUU